AGAAGGGGAGCAGAGUGAAAAGGAGAAAGAAACAACUGAACAACAUGUAGCCACCAACAAGCAGCUGGAAAGAAAUGCAAAGCAGGAGCAACUAAUGACGCAAGAGAAGAACAGAAAAGUGGCAGAAGACAAAAUCAGCACUCCGAAAAAGCGGAAAAGGGUGGCAGUGAUGGGCAAGAGAAAGAAGAAAAGGGGGCAUAAUGACGAGGGGAUAAUUGAGAGAGCAGCAAAAGUAGCGGUUAAGAGUGAAAAAGAUGAGCACAGGGAGCAAAAACACACCAAGUUGGUAGGAGGAUGUUGCACCAAGAAGAACAAGAGGGCAAAGGGAAAAUUAGCAGGAGUAGGAGAAAACAACAGAAUCCUCCAGGAAGAAACUGUUCCACAAAUGACUGAAAUGAGGCAGAUUGUCAACAGAAAGCUCGCCAGGCCCAGACAAUCAACACCCGAAGCUCCUGAUGGGGCUCAAGCUUCACCAGAUGUUAUAAUUGAUCACAUGGCUGCCAGCACCCACCUAAACAGCGCAGUGUGUCUCCCCCUGGUGUCAGAGAGUAAGAAGCUUUUAUGGGUGGAAUCGCACCAGAUCGACCUACAGCUGGACGGAGCAGCAGAGCUGAACAAAGCCUUUGACAGGUUCCCGUACCUGACAGACAAACAAACUGCUGCACUAGCGCAACGCUGCUUGCUGCAUCCAGAUCAGGUGAAGGUGUGGUUCAUGGCACAAAGGCUUCGUUAUGGUGUCAGCUGGGACUAUAAGGACAUCCAUAAUGUGAGGCACAAGUUCAAAUUCAGUCAGGGAGAUGCUGAGGUAACUAAAGAGCUACACAAAGAGAUGAAGGAAGGUUUCAGUAAGGACAGACAAAAUGAAAAACAGGAGAAGGAAAAGGUUAAAGAGUGUGGAGGGAAGAAGACAGAAGGGGAGCAGAGUGAAAAGGAGAAAGAAACAACUGAACAACAUGUAGCCACCAACAAGCAGCUGGAAAGAAAUGCAAAGCAGGAGCAACUAAAGAUGCAAGAGAAGAACAGAAAAGUGGCAGAAGACAAAAUCAGCACUCUGAAAAAGCGGAAAAGGGUGGCAGUGAUGGGCAAGAGAAAGAAGAAAAGGGGGCAUAAUGACGAGGGGAUAAUUGAGAGAGCAGCAAAAGUAGCGGUUAAGAGUGAAAAAGAUGAGCACAGGGAGCAAAAACACACCAAGUUGGUAGGAGGAUGUUGCACUAAGAAGAACAAGAGGGCAAAGGAAAAGCUAAAUAUCAUCCAAGAGAGUUCUGCCCCUGAGAACUCAUUUUUGCUUGAUUUCCCACUAGAUAUUAGUUCUUUAUUCAUAAUCAAGCCUCAAAGCCAAACAUUAAACACCAUUCCACUGAAUGAUAACCACACUGACCUGAUGGACAGAGCUGACGGGCCUCAUGACACCCCAAAUAUUCCUGUGAUUCUCAUAAAUAGCAGCUUUGAGGGGGUAAGGAAACUGGAAACUGGGCUGGGGGAAGAUCCACAAACCAGUCAUAUGGUCACGGACGUAGACAAACUGAAAGAGCUCACCAGAGUCGAUGAGCGUCUUCCUGUUGCAAGUGACCUUCCCACCUUCACCCAACUGCAGGAUGAUCAUCUACUCCCCAUUCGUUCCUUUUAUCAUGCAAAGACGAAGGCUCAAGUAGCAAUGUUGAGAAAGGCUUUCUUGAACUGCCAGUAUCCCAGCAGAGAUUACUACGGGCAACUGGAAGUGCUGAUUGGCCUCUCACGCCAUGUUUUGGUUCAGUGGUUUGGUGACAUGCGCUAUUAUAUCAAGAAAUCGAAGCCUCACUGGAUGAGUGGGGAGCAACAUAGGCAGGCUCUGGCCACCGUCCUGUAUUAUCAGUGCAAGAAAACACUGGCAACACACCAUCAAACUUCAAAUGAUGAAUGCACAACCAAAAUGAUGACAUUUGAGGGGAGUAGAAGCUGUGAGGAAGAGGAAAGUGUGAAGGAGUAGAUAGGACACCACUGCUUCUGGUAAUGUAGGCCGGUCUGCAGUGGAAAAUGUUGCCUGCUUUACUGAGAUGUUGAGAAAAUGUUACUGUAAAUCUUUUUCUGUUCUUUUAAGUUUGCUGUUGCUUAACAUGUUUGUUAAUGUUAAAAUAUUUACAGUUAAGAU